GAGAGGAAAUAGCAGAGAGAGGGGAGGGCUCGCGCGGGAAGAGAGAGGGAAGAGCGCGGCGGCGAGCGGACGGACGAGGACGGCAGGAGGACGCGCCUCGGCUCAGGGACGGGAGUCGCUCGGCACGGGGCCCCCGGGCUCCCGGGGUCCCCGCCUCGUCCCCGCUCGCCGGGGGCCCAGGGAAGAGCGGGGUGCGUGCCGGGAUCCGCGCGAGAGGAGGAGGAGAGCGGGGAGAGCGCAUCACUGACUGACGCCGCGGAUCCGUGGAGACAUCACCAACCCCAUCAUCACUGACACCAUCACCAGCAUCACCACCACCAUCAUUACUGACACCACCCCAUCAUCCCUAUCAUCACUGACACUACUACCACCACCAUCAUCACGGACACCACCGUCAUCACCACUCUACUAACACCACUAUCAUCACCAUCAUCACCGACCGCCCCCAUGGGCUGCGCCCCCAGCAUCCACGUGUCGCAGAGCGGCGUCAUCUACUGCCGCGAUUCGGACGAUUCCACGUCCCCGCGCCAGACGGCCAGCGUGUCGGGCGGGGGGCCCGCGGGCUCCGGGGGGCCCCACGGCGCGGGGGCCCACGGCCUGCUCAUCAAGACAGACGCGGCGAUCUCGCUGGCCGUGCAGGCGGAGGGAGGUGGCACGGUGCUGGCCUGUAGCUCCCGUGCGCUUGCCUCGGCGCGCCGGCCCCGCAGAGAGCCCUGCGCCUUGAACCACAGCACCGAGGCCGAAACACAGACCAGCCGGUCCAGCAUCAAGGCUGCAGCGGAGGAGGUGCGAUUCGGCCCCAUGCGAUUGGCUCAGGACACGAUUCAGGUGCUGUUGGUGUUUGCGCGCGAGGACGCACAGAGCCACGGGCUGUGGCGGGCGUGCGACCGCGCCGGCUACCGCUGCAACGUGGCGCGCACGCCCGAAUCAGCGCUCGAGUGCUUCCUCGACAAACACCACGAGCUCAUCCUCAUCGACCACCGACAGCCGCGACACUUCGACGCCGAGGCGCUCUGCCGCUGCAUCCGUGCCACCAAGGCCUCAGAGAACGCGGUUAUCCUGGCAGUGGAGCCGCGAACGCCCCCGGACCAAGAGGAGGGCUCCGUGAUGCCCCUCAUAUCGGCCGGGUUCACUCGGCGCUUUGUGGAGACCCCCAGCGUGAGCGCGUGCUACAACGAACUCCUGCAGCUCGAGUACGGGGAGGUGCGCGCCCAGUUCAAGCUCAGGGCGGCCUCGUCGGUGUUCACGGCGCUGGCGAACUGCCAGGACGCGGUGGAGGUGACGAGCGAGGAGCACCUCAUCCAGUACGUGAACCCGGCGUUUGAGCGCAUGAUGGGCUACAGGAGCGGGGAGCUCGUGGGCCGCGAGCUCACGGAGCUGCCCAAGAGCGACAGAAACCGCGCGGAUCUCCUCGACACCAUCACCUCCCGCAUCAAGAAGGGCAAAGAGUGGCAGGGCAUCUACUACGCGAGGCGUAAGAACGGCGACACGGUCAAGCAACAAGCGAAAAUCAUCCCGGUCACGGGGCAGGGCGGGAAGAUCCGUCACUACGUGGCGAUCAAGCGUCCGUGCGGGGACAAGCGCAAGCAGGGGGCGAGCGACACAGGGAGAGACGAGCGACUCCAAGGGGACGCAGAGCCCCACUCCCAGCGGCACAAGGAGCGCAGGACGGGCUCCCUGGACAUCCGCUCGGUGACCUCCCGCGGCAGCGACGGCAGCCUCCAACAGCCGAGGCGGAACUCCUCGAUGGCGCGGAUUCACUCCAUGACGAUAGAGGCUCCCAUAACCAAGGUCAUUAACAUAAUUAAUGCGGCCCAGGAGAGCAGCCCGGGCUCAGUGGCCGAGGCCCUGGACCGGGUGCUGGAAAUCCUGCGCAGCGCGGAGCUCUACUCUCCACAGCUCACGGACGCGGCGCCCAACCCCCACACCGACCCUCACACCAGCGACCUGCUCGGGGGACUCGUCACGGACGGACUCCGCAGGCUCUCGGGGAACGAGGUCAUCCUCAACAAGAGCUCCAGUCAGCACUUGGCCCCCGCGCUGGCGCUGACCGCGUGCCUGGGCGACGCACCGCCCUGUGUGGCGUUCAUCCUUGACGCGGAGGAGACCUGGGACUUCGACAUCUUCGAGCUCGAGAGCAGCACGCACAAGAGGCCGCUCGUGUACCUGGGCCUCAAGGUGUUUGCACGCUUCGGGGUUUGCGACUUCCUUGGCUGCUCGGAGGCGACGCUGCGCGCGUGGCUGUCUCUUAUCGAGGCCAACUACCACUCGAGCAACUCGUACCACAACUCCACGCACGCUGCCGACGUGCUGCACGCCACCGCAUACUUUCUGCGCAAAGAGCGGGUCAAGAGCUGCUUGGACCAGGCAGACGAGGUGGCGGCUCUCAUUGCGGCCACGGUGCACGACGUGGACCACCCGGGGCGCACCAACUCGUUUCUGUGCAACGCGGGCAGCGAGCUGGCGGUGCUCUACAACGACACGGCCGUGCUGGAGAGCCACCACGCGGCGCUCGCCUUCCAGCUGAGCAUGCGCGACCGCGCCGCCAACAUCUUUCGCAACAUGGACAGGAGCGAGUUCCGCACUCUGCGCCAGGCCAUCAUCGACAUGGUCCUGGCCACGGAGAUGACCAAGCACUUCGAGCACGUCAACAAGUUCGUCAACAGUGUCAACAAGAUGGCUGCGGCCGGGAGCACGGGGGACUCGGUGUCCCUGAAUGGGAGCAGCAGCGAGGAUGACUCGGGCGGGGGGCCGGGCCCCCCGAGCACCCCCGAGAUGCGCCUCCUCGUCAAGCGCAUGCUCAUCAAGUGCGCCGACGUGUGCAACCCGUGCCGCCCGCUCGCGCUCUGCGUCGAGUGGGCCGGGCGCAUCUCGGAGGAGUACUUCGCACAGACGGACGAGGAGAAGAGGAAGGGGCUGCCUGUGGUGAUGCCCGUGUUCGACCGCUGUUCGUGCAGCGUCCCCAAGUCCCAGAUCUCAUUCAUCGACUACUUCAUCACCGACAUGUUCGACGCGUGGGACGCUUACGCGGAGCUGCCGAACCUCAUGCAGCACCUGAGCACCAACUACCGCUACUGGAAAGCGCUCGACGAUCGCAAGCUCAAGUCGCUGCGCCCCCCGCCCGAGCAGUGAGCCUGGCAGGGAGAGCGGCAUGAGGCAGCGGCUAUGGCCGUGGGAAUGCUGAGGCCGCCCAGAGGGGUGGACGCGGCGAGCGUUUCUGGGCGAACGCCGCUGCUGCCGAAGGAAGGACCUGGAGUCACUUGAACAAAGCUCGGCAGGCCCAGGCUGCCCUGGGCUGUGGGCAGCACCUACCUCCAUGACAUCUUGGAACUGGGGCAGAGUUGGGGAGAGGCUGCCUUUGAUUUCCCCACACGCCCCCCACAGCGAGGAGGAAAAGGAGAGGACCCCUGAGGGCGUCUCCCUGGCCCGUGGCCUCCUCUUCCACCACCCCCUCCCCACCGUGUGGCCCCCUGCAUUGCGGUUUCGGUGGCCUGCCCCUGACACCCGUGGAAAAAGGACUAGGGCCACAGGAGGCCAUGGGCUGGAGCCCCCCAACGCGCGUAUACUGAGCCCAACUUCUCUAUAGAUUGGAGCACCCUCCGUUUGGAUUGGAGUACCCCCCACCCCAGGUCUGCCAUAGAUGGGACUUUGUGGGCCAGCUUGAAGUGGGGGGGCCAUGGGGCGCACGGGCCCAGGAGAAGGACUCCGCGUCUUAACUUUUACAGUGAGGGGGGUCUCGGGGAGACACGGGGAGACACGGGGGACCCCAGGAAGAAACAAGGGACAUGGGGACGCUGCUGGGAAGACACAGGGACCCUGAGGAGAAACAGGGACCUAGGGGGCAUGGGGACCCUGUUGGGCAGACAUGGAGACCUUGCUGGAGAGACACAGGGACCCUGGGGGACGUGCGGGCCCUGUUGAGACAGGGCUCGUGGGCGCCUCUUUGUACGCACACGGCGCAACACACUGGACUGUAAAACGGAAUUACGUUGUUGGAGCGUAACGAGAUGUUUUGUACACGACGCCCGCGCCGUAUUGAAAUAAACGAUACGAACGCUG